GGCUGGCGGGGGGACCGGGCAGUGCUCUGCGCUCAGCCCAGCCUGCGCCUCCCCCAGCGCCUCUGUGCGAGCUGCCCGGCCAUGAGCACCACAUUCCUGCAGACCUCUUCCUCCACCUUUGGGGGUGGCUCUACCAGGGGGGGUUCCCUCCGGGUUGGGGGAGGCAGCUUUGGUGGGGGGAGUCUCUGUGGGGGUGGUGGAAGCCGCAGUAUUUCGGCUUCUUCGGCUAGGUUCGUCUCCUCGGGGUCAGGAGGCGGCUAUGGGGGCGGCAUGAGCUGCGGCUUCGGUGGAGGGGCUGGGAGUGGAUUCUGCGGAGGGGGCUUUGGAGGUGGUCUUGGAGGGGGCCUUGGAGGUGGCUUUGGUGGGGGUUUUGGUGGUGGCUUCGGUGACUACGGCGGUGGCGAUGGCGGCCUCCUCUCCGGCAACGAGAAGCUCACCAUGCAAAACCUCAACGACCGCCUGGCCUCCUACCUGGACAAGGUGCGCGCCCUGGAGGAGGCCAAUGGCGACCUGGAGGUGAAGAUCCGGGACUGGUACCAGAGGCAGAGCCCCAGCAGCCCUGAGCGGGACUACAGCCCCUACUUCAAGACCAUUGAGGAGCUGCGUGACAAGAUCCUGGCGGCCACCAUCGACAACUCCCGUGUCAUCCUGGAGAUCGACAAUGCCCGGCUGGCAGCGGACGACUUCAGACUCAAGUAUGAGAACGAGCUGGCCCUGCGCCAGAGCGUGGAGGCUGACAUCAACGGGCUGCGCCGGGUGCUGGACGAGCUGACCCUGGCCAAGACCGACCUGGAGAUGCAGAUCGAGAGCCUGAAGGAGGAGCUGGCCUACCUGAAGAAGAACCACGAGGAGGAGAUGAAGGAGUUUGGCGGCCAGCUGGCAGGCCAGGUCAGCGUGGAGAUGGACGCGGCACCGGGCGUGGACCUGACCCGCGUGCUGGCUGGGAUGAGGGAGCAGUACGAGGCCAUGGCGGAGAAGAACCGGAGGGAUGCCGAGGCCUGGUUCUUCAGCAAGACGGAGGAGCUGAACAAGGAGGUGGCCUCCAACACAGAGAUGAUCCAGACCAGCAAGACGGAGAUCACAGACCUGAGACGCACGCUGCAGGGGCUGGAGAUCGAGCUGCAGUCCCAGCUCAGCAUGCUUCCUUCCUGGCCUGACGGGGUGUCUGUCCAUCUGUUGGCCCUCCAGAAAGCCGGGCUGGAGGGUUCACUGGCGGACACGGAGUGCCGCUACGCCACGCAGCUGUCCCAGAUCCAGGGGCUCAUCAGCGGCCUGGAGGCCCAGCUGAGCGAGCUGCGCAGCGAGAUGGAGUGCCAGAACCAGGAGUACAAGACGCUGCUGGACAUCAAGUCGCGGCUGGAGCAGGAGAUCGCCACCUACCGCAGCCUGCUGGAGGGCCAGGACGCCAGGAUGGCUGGCAUUGGCACCAGAGAAGCCUUGCUGGGAGGCGGUGGCAGCAAAGUUCGCAUCAACGUCGAGGAGACAGUGGAUGGGAAGGUGGUUUCUUCUCAUAAGAGAGAGGUCUGAGUGCCCGGUGCUGGAGAGACGUCCCUCGUCACCUCCGCCCUCCCCAGGCUGAGUGGAGCACUGGCUAGAGGGGCCAGAAGAGCAAACCCCAGUCCCUGCUUUCAGAGGGUCCUGCUCCCCUUGUUGGGUGCUCGGCAUGCUCCCCCUCCCCUCCAGCUCUCCAUCUGCUUUCGAGCAGGGACGGGCAAGAAGUUGCUGGAUUGGGUAACAAGCUCGUUUGUACCGUGUCUGUCCAUGCAAUAAAGAAUGGCUUUUCCUUUUGCAAAUA